AUGCUGCGCUUGCCCCCUUUUCACCGCGCCGCCGCUGCGGUACAGGCGUCCUCGAUCUACGACUUCAAGGUGAACGGCGGCGAUCACAAGCCGUACGACCUUGGCCAGCACAAGGGCCACCCGGUUCUCAUCUACAACGUAGCCAGCAAGUGCGGCUUCACCAAGGGCGGCUACGAGACAGCCACGGCGCUAUACAACAAGUACAAACAUCAAGGCUUCACGGUAUUGGCGUUCCCGUGCAACCAGUUCGCCAGUCAGGAACCUGGAACGGAGGAGUCGGUGAAGGAGUUCGCCUGCACGCGUUUCAAGGCUGAGUUCCCCAUUAUGGAGAAGGUCUGUGUCAAUGGCGAGCACGAGCACCCGCUGUACCACUACUUGAAGAACACGUGCAAGGGUGUCCUCGGCACGACGCUUGUGAAGUGGAACUUCACAGCGUUCCUGGUGGACAAGGACGGCCAUGCCGUGUGCCGCUUCGCGCCUGGUGCGACAAUGUCCGAAAUCGAGAAAAGGCUGGUGCCGCUAUUGGAGGCUGCGGCCUCGUCAAACAUCUGA